AUGUCUCAACAACAGCAGCAAUUACAAGGAUUUCACACUCGCAAACACCAAAUAGUGUCAUCCCUCGUUGAAUUUGUGGACCCCGAGAGAAGAGACAAAUCACCCAAGGGGUUCAUUGAUGCACCAAUUCUGGAUUUGAUGCAUGUAAUCAACCAACAUCCCGACUAUUAUACCACAAGCAGUUGCUCUGGUCGUGUAGCUGUGUACUGUGAAGGCCUAGAGAAGGAUGUGGAUAUCAACGAUCCUGACGCUAUUGAAAAGACGACAAAGGGAGGCACUUGGCUCUAUGUCAGUCAUGAUCCCAUUCCUAUGCCAAAAGAGAAUGUGGAAGCAUGGAUUGUCCAGCUGCUAUUCGGCGAUCAGAGUGAUAAAGUAGAGUUUAGCAGUGAUAGGCCUGAUGAUAUCCUCAGCAAACAGCUCAUCUAUUUCAAAUUCGAGCCCUUGAUCUUACACAUUGAAGCCUCUACUUCAGAAACCGCCAUGCAAUUACUAGGAACUGCUUACCAAGUAGGCUAUCAAAACUCGGGUAUUACACCUUCUCGUCGUCAUAUGUUGGCCAUCAGGAGCACACACAAGAUUGAUACACCAAUUGCAUAUGUUCAAGGCGACACAAUCAAAUGUCUUGUCGAUCCUGCCUACCUGAUGUUAUUGUUGACCAUGUCGAAUCAAAAGUUCGAGUCCAACAUGGAGCGCAUGAAGGUGUUUGAAGAUGCCAUGGCCCAAAUGCUCACAAAAGCACAACAGGCUCAAGAUUGGGAGCCCAAGGAAGCGAGAAGACAGCGCAUGAAGCAAGAAGGGCUCGCCAAGAGAGAACAACAGCAACAAAAGCAGCAGCAGAAACAAGAGGAUCUCGUCGUCAUUGAAGACCUUUUAGACAGCGUCAUGUUAUAA